AUGGCUGAUCCAAAUGCUCUUUUACGGUUGCUAGCCGCUCAGCAAAUGAUGGGACUUCAAAACUCACAAGCUAAUGCUUCCACAAGUAGUUCACGGGGAAAUCAAUCAAAUGGGAAUUCUUUGAGCAAUCAAUUGGCUGCUACAAUGUCUGGAUUUGGAGCUCUUAAUCCCCAGGCUGUCUUUUGGCAGAACAUGUUAUUGGCUCAACAACAACAACAACAGGCUCUUGCAAUAGCUCAGCUUUUUCAGGCUCAACAAUCUAGCUCUCGAUCUUCAUCAAAUACGCCAGCGAAUUCCCUCGAAGAAGCACUGAAAAAGCUAGUAGCCGCUCAACAAGGCUCCACAAAGAAAUCACAUGAAAAGCCAACUGGAUCUUCGACAAAUGGAAAUGGCCAUACGAACGGAACCAGCACAAGCUCGCCGGCAAAACUUGAACCUGGUGAAGUUCCCAAGAAAACCACUUCGGCAAAAACGUCAACUUCAUCGACUCCAUCGACAAAGAAGUCGACAUCGGCAGACUCACCAUCGGGACUUGCCGCUUUUUCGAAUUUGUUAGAAGCUUUCAAAGCGGGAGCGUCAACUCCAUCGAACAAUCUUGGAGCCUCGUCAUCGUCACAACCGCCAUUGGCUCGUCUUUUCGAGAAUAUGAAGGGAAACAGUGGGUCGAAUCCUUUCCUCGCCGGCCUUUCGAAUCAACGUGACAACAACAAUGCAAUGUGGCAACUCCUUGCUCAUCAACUCCGAAAUUCCAAUUCGAAAAGCAACAAAUCGUCACAACAAACACCAAAAGGACAGAAAGAAAAUGGCUAUAAUUCUUCGAAUUCUUUCCAAAAGACUCCUGAUUUCUUCAGAAAUGAAAGGGACUCCUUGACACCAGCAGAUGAAGAUAACCGACAAAGGAAACAUGUGGUCACCGAUGUGGAAGCGGUAAGGAGAGCGCUGGAUAAAGGAUGGCGCCGACAGACAUGCAUUCGACAGCUGACAACUGCUGGUAUCCGUGGCGAUGUCGUUUACUAUGCACCGUGUGGCAAAAAGCUUUCUACUUAUGCUGAAGUGCUACGGUAUUUACAAAGAGCUGGCCCAAACGAGAUCACGCGAGAUCACUUCUCGUUCAGUUGCAAGAUGAUCGUCGGCGAGUUCAUCUGGUUCAAAACUGACAAGAACUCUGGAGAGAAUGCAAUUGUAAAGUUAUCCGAAGAAGAAGUGACGAAUGAGCUGCAGAAAUUGAUGAAACCAAAGGCACCAAAGAUUGUCCCAGAGAAAAGCCGAAAGCUAGCACAACCGCCAAAGAAAAUCAAAGAAGAGGAGGAGUUUUUUGAUCACGGAGAAGAAACUUUUGAUGAUAUCGUUAGAGAUGCGGAUGAGGCAAAGGGAAGUCGGAUUCCAGUUGAUGAUCUGUUUUUGGAGGAGAUUCGACCUUUACCAACACUGCCCAGAAUCGAGAAUUUGCAUUUGAAAGGCGACGGUUUCGCGAACGCGUUGAUGAUUCACGAGUUUCUCCUCAAUUUUCAUCAUGUCUUAAAAAUCGAAAAAGAUUUCCUUCCAACUCUGGACUCAUUGUGCGCGGGUUUAGCCGGUGAGGAGUCCAAACAAGCAGUGAUACUCAAUCUGACAAAAACUCUUCUCUCGUUGGCUUUUGAAUCGCCGGGUUUCCCACGUAAAGACAACGAUCCUUUAAGGCAACAAGCUGGCGAAUUGGAGUUAUCGAGAGAAAAUCUUUCCGAAUUAAUGCGAAUGUGGCUUCAAACACGUGAUAAACAAGGGAAAGAGUUAUCACUUUUACUCGAAACAGCUGCUUACGAAGAACUAUCAGGGGAAAAGAAAGCGGAUAUUUUGGCGUACAUUUGCAAUGAAUUGUUGUAUUGCAGAAACAUCAUUCGAGAGAUUGAUUCGAAUCUUGAAGAGAUUGCGAAGCUUCGUGGGGAGCGUUGGAUGAGAGAAGGAAAGGUGCGAGCUUUGCGCGGUGUUCAUACAAGAAAAACGAAAAAGAGAAAACAAGAGGCAAAAGCGACAAAUGGAGAAAAUGGAGAUGUGGAAAGACCCGAGAGUCGAAAUUCGAUCAACAGUGAUGGCUCUCGUCCCGCUUCUCCAGCUAAGAAAACAUUCACUCCUGGCAUUGGACAAUGUGAAAUUCUGACAGCUGAGGAAGAAAACAUGAAUGUCGAGGAAUUAGAGGUGUUGAUCGAUUCGUUGAAUGGAGAAGCGGAUCAAAUCAGAAAGAACGUCAAUCAUAUGUCGAAUCGAGUGCGAACAUUCCCGCUGGGACAGGAUCGUUUCCAUCGACUCUAUUGGCAACUGCCGAAUGUGAGCGCAGUUUUGGUGGAAGGGGUGGAGAGUGCGGCGAAGAAUAACGCGGCGGUGAACUUGACCGAGACUUGUCACCAUGAUCCGGCUGGUAUCACCGAACCAAGCGAUUUCGUCGAUCCGGAUGUGAUUGCCUGCAUUGAGGAUACGAUUGAUUUGGUGAUAAUUGGCGGUCGAUUUGACAAGAAAAAGAAGCAGCGCAGACGUCGCUUGGAGAAUGUCGCCAAGCGGGGAUGGUGGACCGUUGAUCAAGCUUCAUUGCGUCCUCUUCGCGAAUCGCUCCAUGGUCGGGGCAUCAGAGAAAGAGCUCUUCAUCGACUUCUGCUCCGCGAAUCUUUCCUCAAAGAGCGACAAUGGACCACUUUAUCUGUCGAGCCGAAAAAGAAAACGGCUGACCCGGCAAUCCUACACGCCGAGCAAUUGUAUCGAGCUGAGAGAGCACUGCGUGAGAUCGAGAAUCGUGUCUCCGAUGCGUCUCUUCAAAUACCCGGAUGGAAACCACCACAUGAGCCUUUUGAUGAAGCGGAAGAUGUGUCAAACGAUAGCUGGACAUGCCAUGCACACCUUUUGGAGUCCGUCAAACCAACUCCAGCACUUGAAGAUCUACGAAUCCGUCUUUUGUCUUUGGAAGCAAACAUUGAGCGACGCUAUCUUCGACAAAACUUCUUUGCUGGAGAAAAUGUGUCUGUUCGAAAAGUGAUGGGAAAAGAAGAAGCUAAUAAAGAACAAUCAACGGAGAAUGGGACAACUGAAGAAGUUGAUGGAGAAGUGAAUGGGACGACAAAACAACAAGGGACUGGGCAAGAAGACGAGGAUGAAGAAGAAAAAGAACUGUGUGAUAUUUGGCGUCAAGCUGUCACUCAAGCACAAACACCGGCAACGAUUGUCAUCUGUGCACAGGUUUUCGAGCAAAGCAUUGCUUGGGAAAAGUCGGCAAUGAAAGCCGCUUGUCAGGUGUGCCGAACGUCCGACAAUGAAGAUCAAUUGCUUUUGUGCGAUCUUUGCGAUCUCGGAUAUCACUUGUAUUGCUUCAGGCCAGUGUUGAAGCAAGUGCCAGAAGGAGAAUGGUACUGUCCAAAGUGUAAAGAGGCCGCCUCGGGAAAGCCAACCUGUCUUCUUUGUUCACAGCAACGUCUCCCAAUCUAUGGCUGUCAGAAAUGCUUCUCAUUUUUCCAUGUCGAUUGUGCUGGAGAGGUUCCACCCGAGAAUCCCCGGCAGUAUAAAUGUACGACGUGUGGCAAUCGAAAGAAAACGGUUCGCGUCCUUGAAAGAGACUGUGAAUCGAGGGCCACCUCGGAGACGGGUUCCGACGAUUUCUUGAAUCAAAAGAAGCCUGUGAAGCGAAAAGCAGCCACUGAUACCCUCGUUUUCCCACAUUCAAUGGUCGCUGACUUGUCUAGAACAAUGCUUGACGAGCUCGAAGCUCAGCAACAAGCCGGUCCCUUCAUGGAGCCAGUUGAUGAGGAUGAAGUGCCCGGGUAUCGAGACAUUAUCAAACAUCCAAUGGAUAUGCAAACGAUGAGAGAUAAAGCCGAUGCGGGAAGCUACAACACUCCUGAGGAUUUCCAUGCCGAUGUGGAGCUGAUGUUCACGAAUUGUCGCACUUUCAACGAAGACGAUUCGCCGAUUGGACAAGCCGGCAUUCAGCUGCACAAAUUUUUCUCGAAACGCUGGAGACAGGUUCGCUACAACUUCUGCAAGCGUCUCAAGCGAAUGAAACCUUCUUAC